AUGGACAAAAAGGAAUAUUCGGAGACUUUCUAUCAUCCUUAUAAGCCCUAUGAUAUUCAGGUACAGUUAAUGGAAACUGUAUACAGAGUGCUAUCCGAAGGGAAGAAAAUAGCUAUCCUGGAAAGCCCCACUGGGACAGGCAAGACGCUGUCCUUAAUCUGUGCCACGAUGACUUGGUUGAGAAUGAAUAAAGCAGAUAUUUUCACCCGCAUGGAAACUAACAUCAAAACGAAUGAAGAUGAUAGUGAAAACCUAAGCGAUGACGAGCCAGACUGGGUUAUUGACACUUAUCGAAAGUCUGUUUUACAAGAAAAGGUGGAUUUGCUAAAUGAUUAUGAGAAGCAUUUAAACGAAAUUAACACGACCAGUUGUAAGCAGUUGAAAACUAUGUGUGAUUUAGAUAAAGAACAUGGAAGAUAUAAAUCAGUUGAUCCAUUAAGAAAGAAACGCAAAGGCGCUAGGCACCUUGAUGUAUCACUUGAAGAACAAGAUUUUAUUCCGCGCCCGUACGAAUCAGAUUCUGAAAACAAUGAUACCUCCAAAAGCACAAGAGGAGGAAGAAUAUCUGAUAAAGAUUACAAAUUGAGUGAACUAAAUUCACAAAUAAUAACACUUUUAGACAAAAUUGAUGGGAAGGUUUCGAGAGAUCCAAACAAUGGCGAUCGCUUUGACGUUACAAAUCAAAAUCCAGUGAAAAUAUAUUAUGCAUCCAGAACUUAUUCACAAUUAGGUCAAUUUACUUCUCAGUUAAGAUUACCCUCGUUCCCAUCAUCCUUUAGGGAUAAGGUCCCAGAUGAAAAGGUGAAGUACUUACCACUUGCUUCGAAAAAGCAGCUUUGUAUUAAUCCAAAAGUGAUGAAGUGGAAAACAUUGGAAGCUAUUAAUGACGCAUGUGCGGACCUUAGACAUAGUAAAGAGGGAUGUAUCUUUUAUCAAAAUACAAACGAAUGGCGUCAUUGUCCUGAUACGUUAGCUCUCAGAGAUAUGAUUUUUUCAGAAAUUCAAGAUAUUGAAGAUUUAGUUCCCCUGGGAAAAUCUUUGGGAAUUUGUCCCUAUUACGCCUCGAGGGAGGCACUUCCUAUUGCGGAGGUAGUGACUUUGCCAUAUCAAUACUUACUUUCUGAGUCCACCCGUUCAAGUCUUCAAAUAAACCUUGAAAAUUCUAUAGUAAUUAUUGAUGAGGCUCAUAAUUUGAUAGAAACAAUAAAUUCUAUAUAUUCCUCUCAGAUCUCGUUGGAGGACUUAAAGAAUUGCCAUAAGGGGAUAGUAACUUAUUUCAACAAAUUUAAGUCCAGGCUCAAUCCCGGUAACAGAGUAAAUCUAUUAAAGCUCAAUUCACUUUUGAUGACUCUGAUUCAAUUUAUAGUUAAAAAUUUCAAGAAGAUAGGACAAGAAAUAGAUCCUAACGAUAUGUUCACAGGAAGUAACAUCGAUACCCUAAACAUUCAUAAACUAUUGAGAUAUAUAAAAGUCUCCAAAAUUGCUUACAAAAUUGACACGUAUAACCAGGCACUAAAAGAGGAAGAAUCGUCAAAAAAUGAAAAUCCAAUAAAAGAAACGCAUAAAAAAUCAGUUUCUUCUCAGCCAUUACUUUUCAAGGUUUCUCAAUUCCUAUAUUGUUUGACAAAUUUGACGUCAGAAGGACAAUUUUUUUUUGAGAAAAAUUAUUCAAUAAAGUACAUGCUUCUAGAACCAAGUAAACCUUUUGAGUCAAUACUAAAUCAAGCAAAAUGUGUAGUCCUUGCAGGUGGGACAAUGGAACCCAUGUCAGAGUUUUUGUCGAAUUUGCUACCUGAAGUUCCUUCUGAAGACAUUACGACCUUGUCGUGCAAUCAUGUUAUACCGAAAGAGAAUUUGCAAACUUAUAUCACAAACCAGCCUGAGCUUGAGUUCACAUUCGAAAAAAGAAUGUCUCCCUCCCUUGUAAAUAAUCAUCUUUUUCAAUUUUUUGUUGAUCUGAGCAAAGCAGUUCCUAAAAAGGGUGGUAUUGUAGCUUUUUUUCCAAGCUAUCAGUAUUUGGCGCAUGUAAUUCAGUGCUGGAAACAGAAUGACAGGUUUGCUACAUUAAAUAACGUGAGGAAAAUAUUCUAUGAAGCAAAAGACGGCGAUGAUAUUCUAUCUGGAUAUUCUGAUUCGGUAGCAGAGGGAAGGGGGUCUCUUUUGCUGGCUAUUGUUGGGGGAAAAUUAUCAGAGGGAAUAAAUUUUCAAGAUGAUUUAUGUAGGGCUGUGGUGAUGGUGGGCCUGCCGUUCCCAAAUAUUUUUAGUGGAGAACUAAUAGUUAAAAGGAAGCAUUUGGCCGCUAAAAUAAUGAAGUCAGGCGGAACGGAAGAGGAAGCUUCACGAGCAACAAAGGAGUUUAUGGAGAAUAUUUGUAUGAAAGCUGUCAACCAAAGUGUUGGACGUGCUAUACGGCAUGCAAAUGAUUACGCAAACAUUUACUUGCUCGAUGUGCGAUAUAAUAGGCCCAAUUUCCGGAAAAAAUUGUCACGUUGGGUGCAAGAUUCUAUCAAUUCCGAACAUACAACACAUCAGGUCAUUUCUUCAACACGGAAGUUUUUUUCAAUGCGCAGCCUGAAUUCACGCUAA